AUGACUUGUAAGAAAGUCCCCCCUGGAUUUCCACCAAAAACGCCUUGCAUAGCACUCUCAUCAUCUCUCUCCUCCUCCUUCCUUCUGAUCAUCUCUCCUACCUUGUCUCUUCUAUCAGGAUGUCCCCAGCUUGCGCAGUGGGGCAGGAUGCUCUGUACUCUAUGCAUUUGGCCAGACUUCGGAGGACCUGGGGCGCUGGGGACUUUGGGGAUCCUGACUUUGGUGCUUUGUAGCUGCUCAGGAGAGCCAGCGUCCUUGCCUUGGGAUCUGCCAGCCAGCUCUAGCUGGGAACACUAGGGAGACCUUGUCUUCAUCCACAUGGAGAGCAGCCUGUACUCACUGCCCUGCAGCCCUAUGGAGACGGAGGUGGCUGAUCCCACCUACCACUGGGUGCGGAACAGGACAGACUCCAGGUUGUUUUUGGUCACCAAAGAGGGACAUCUCCUCUUCCAACACUUCCAAGCAGGCGACAGUUGGAAGUACUCCUGCACCAUCUCCUACAUGAAACGCAUCCCUGUGUCCCAAACAUUCCACUACAGCAUGUUUGGCUACCAUGUGCUCGGAGGCCUGGACACUGUGCUGCUCUUCCAUAGCAAGUUCUGUGAGGAUAAGUGGACCAAAAGCUUCCUGUGGGGUCUACAGAAGACGCUGAGGUAGCUGGAGAUCGAGCAGCACUGCAAACUCCAGCUCACUGCCACUUUCUGCUUCCCCUCACUCAGCAACCCUUCGGAUGAGUCCAUCAUCCAAGUACAGCUGGAAGUGUCCCUCUUUGGACCCCACUGGGAUGAAUAUUGCAGCUCCCAGGACAUGGAGAUGGUCACAAACUGCUACCGCAAAACAGUCCGGCACAACCUGGGGCAGGUCCAGCUUGCCCUUACCAGGUUCUUCAAGGAGCUUAAGUCCUUCCACAUCACUGGAGCUGAUAUCCCCAACAUCAACUUCACCAACGAGUUUGCUGGCUUCUUAAAGACUGAGCAGUGCAGUGGCGGAUAUGGGCAGACCAAACAGCUGCUAAGAUGUCUCGAGUGUUGCGUUGUAUGCCCACCAGGGAUGUUCAGCCCUCCUAAGAACAGCCAGUGCUCCCCAUGCCCUGUUGGGACCUACAGCCUCAUCUAUGGUGUGGCAUUUUGCACUCCCUGCAAGGAUGGCAUGAUCACCAGAGUGCCGGGUGCCAGCUCCGUGAUGGACUGUGUCAAGAACAAAAGGACCAAGCAGGCUGUCUCCAUCAUGCACAGGAUCCCAGGCCUGCUUCUUAUCCUCUUGCCAGCAUUGUUAGCCAUCAACCUUCUCUUCAUCCUCAGCUCUUGUUACUGGUUCUAUCAAGAGUACCGAGUGUCAUCUCCAACGGCUUUCAAGGUGACAGGAAGCAACAAGAGGAUGGAGACAGUGGCCAGUUUUUUCAGGAUCCUCUGGCAGAGCCUCCAGGCUGGCCCUGAUACUGCACGUGGAGCAUCAUCUCUUGCUGUGACCCCAAACCUUGCUCCUGUGACUGAUGAGACAAUUCCUGUGCUGAUACUGGAGGACAGAAGGACCAUUUUUGAGAUUCCCUCCAGGGACACAAGGACAUUAAG